UUUCGAAUAAUCGAAAAUCCAAGUGAGCCACGCCUACAAAAUGUCGACGACGUUCGCCUUUGUUCUUGGCCGCCAUAUUGGGUUGAAAAAAAUUCCUAAACAACCAAACAUAUUUUGCGAUUUUUACCUUCUGUAGAGUCGAUCUGGGCUCCGGACGGUGUCGGAAAAUUGGAAAAUGUGACCGCGUCGCACAAAACACCCGCAUUAAAUUCGCUAACGUCCAAUUUUGGUCUUUUCGCACAGGAUCCCCGUUCCUCGCGUUCGGAGUAGGAAUCCAUUUUUGACACGAAUAUUAGUCUCUCGAAGGGGACGGAUGUAGAUGGCGCAAGCGUUUGUUUUUCCCGUGAUCCUCAGCUGCUGUUCGCCACAGUUCUCUCGCAUUGAAGAACUCGAGAACGGUUUUUUAUCACGUUUAUAAUCGUUUUCGACCAAAUUUUAAUCUAUUUUUUUUCCUACGAUUAACCGGAGAAUAAUAAUAACCAAUCAUGCCGAAAAAUAAAGGAAAGGGAGGUAAAAAUCGAAGGAGAGGUAAGAAUGAAAACGAAACGGAAAAGCGUGAAUUAGUCUUUAAAGAAGACGGGCAAGAAUACGCCCAAGUCACGAAAAUGUUGGGAAACGGCCGCCUUGAAGCAACAUGUUUUGAUGGCGUAAAGAGGUUAUGUCACAUCAGAGGAAAACUCCGCAAGAAAGUUUGGAUUAACCAAGGAGAUAUUAUUUUAAUUGGUCUGAGAGAUUACCAAGAUGCUAAAGCCGAUGUUAUCCUAAAAUACACCCCAGAUGAAGCGCGUAAUUUGAAAACUUACGGCGAAUUCCCCGAAACGGUGCGCAUUAACGAUACGGUCUCGUUUGUGGAAGAAUUCAAUGAUGAUAUCGAAUUCGGUGAUGACAUUAGCUCAGCGGAUGAAGCAGAUCCCGUCGAUGGCAUCUGAUGAUCCAAAAGGAAAAUUUCAAUUUUAUCUCUCCUCAUCAAAAAUUACUUUCCCCGAAAAACUUUUUCUGAUUUAGAUAAAUGUUUAUAAUUAUAAUUAAUAAUUUAUAUACAUAGAUGCAAUUUA